AUGCCGGAUGAUAGUUGCAAUAAUCAUGGAGCACGGGGUGUUAUGGCCGAAUGCUCCAGUGAAGAGUUUCCCCGGUUCGACAUCGUCCUCCCUGCUCCGCCGGAAUCUACCUCAUUAAUCAUUUCUUCCCCGCGUUUGCUACUCCGUGCGCUCCGUGACUCAGAUGCAGAGGGCCUGUUUGCCAUACGCUCGAGAGAGGAUACUGUGAGGACACUUUGGCCCUUUAUACCUGAUGCAGAUGUCUCCGCCACCAGACAAUGGAUGGCCCGAAAGACAUUCACCGCCCCACCUGGUGCUGUAGGACUCCGCUACCAAUUCGUCAUUCUGCUUGCUGACGAUCCUACUGGACGUAUUAUUGGCACUGUGGGUAUAAAUGAGCUGGUCCCUGUGCCGACUCUGGGGUAUCUCAUUCACCCAGAUGAGUGGGGUAAAGGAUACGCGACAGAGGCGACCAGUUCCAUGAUAAAAGCAUGGUGGAGCUUGCCGAGGAGAGGGAAAUGGGGGAAACGAGACAAAUUAUAUGCGAUAUGCAAUGAGGAAAAUCUGGGGAGCUUUAAGGUAUUGUUGAAAUGUGGGUUUCACGUUGCUGGGGAGCAGACAAUGGAGGAUGGUGCGGUCUUGAGGAAUUUCGAAUUAGAAAGACCGGAUUGGAGUUUGUGA